AUGGGAACGGGAGCUGGAGGACCCGAUGAGGGGAUGGCAGGAGGGGUAGGACCCGCAGGAGGAGGUCCGGCGGAAGAGGUGGGUAGCCAACAGAAACCUUAUGGAUUAUUAGGCCUGGCAGCGAAAGUUGGAAGCAUAGCUUUGAAGGGAACAAAGGUAGGAAAGGUAGCAGGUAAGGUGGUUGGCACAGCAAGUAAGGCAAUUGGCUUAUCUGGUAAGAGUAAAAGCAGCAAAGGUGUAGGAAGCCUUGCAGGUGGCCUCGGAGGAGGCGCAGUCAGUCCAGUAGGAGGGUUAGGAGGCCCAGUAGGAGGACUAGCACCCCCAGUUGGAGGCGCAGUUAGCCCAGCAGGAGGGCUAGGAGGUGCAGCAGGUAGUAUAGGAGCCCCAGUGGGAGGCGCAGCAGGAGGUAUAGGAGCCCCAGUGGGAGGAGUAGGUGGCCCAGUAGGAGGAUUAGCGCCCCCAGUUGGAGGCGCAGUUAGCCCAGCAGAAGGGCUAGGAGGUGCAGCAGGUGGUAUAGGAGCCCCAGUGGGAGGCGCAGCAGGAGGUCUAGGAGCCCCAGUGGGAGGCGAAGGUGGCCCAGUAGGAGGAGUAGGAGGCUCGGAAGGAGGAUUUGGAGCAGGUAUACCUGCUCCUCCAGAAGGUCCAGUAGAAGGAGUAGGUGGCCAGGAGGGAGGGGCUCUUCCCGCAGAGGGAUCAGAAGGUCUAGGAGGAGAGGGAGCAGCUGGUGCCGCACUAGAGCCAACUACCUCUCCCACAAUGGGAGGCACGGUGGGGACUGAAAGUCUGGGAGAUGGGAAGCAACAGCCAAUUGGAUGGAAAGUUCCUCCGCCCAGGGAUGGCUUGAACGCUAAACAUACUGGGUUUAAGAAGCCACGAGGCGAAGACCUCGGGCUGUUAAACAGCAAAAAGAAAGGUCAUAUUUCUCAUCACAAACAUGGUUAAUUCCUGUUUUAGCUGGGCUUCUCGAU